AAGGAGGAGGAAGGGGGGCAGGGAAAGCGGGAGUGGUUGAAGCCGGCGGCGGCGGCGGCCGAGCUGGGUCAGUUCUCUUUAGUGUUUGCCAAUGUUGGAGGUGUUUCCAAACUAUCUCCGGGAAGAAGUGAUAAACAGUCGCAAGUAAAAAUGCAGACUUCAGUAAACUUCACUGAAUCUACUCUCUCUCCUACGGUGCUAUCUCCAUCAUUAACAUCUCCAAGUUCUCUGGGUCUGCAAGGCACCAUGAAUGGUUCAAUUCCAGAGUUAACUGUCAAUUGUAAUAGUCAUAUAAUUGGUCUGUUGGAUUCUCCUCCUUCCAAGAACUUAACUGCUCCUCUCCAAGAUAACAUGGCAAACCCCAAAGAGAAAACUCCAAUGUGUUUGGUAAAUGAAUUAGCCCGUUUCAAUAGAGUGCAACCCCAGUAUAAGCUUCUGAAUGAAAGAGGGCCUGCUCAUGCCAAGAUGUUCUCUGUACAGCUGACUCUUGGAGAACAGACCUGGCAGUCUGAAGGGAGCAGUAUAAAGAAAGCCCAGCAUGCUGCUGCCAACAAAGCCUUGAGAGAAACUACCCUUCCCAAACCAACUCCUCGACCCCCCAAAAACAAUAUUAAUAGUAAUCCAGGCAGUAUAACUCCAACAGUGGAACUAAAUGGUCUUGCUAUGAAAAGGGGAGAGCCUGCCAUCUACAGGCCUUUAGAUCCAAAGCCAUUUCCAAAUUACAGAGCAAAUUACAACUUUCGGGGCAUGUACAAUCAGAGGUAUCACUGCCCAGUGCCUAAGGUUUUUUAUGUCCAACUAACUGUUGGAAACAAUGAGUUCUUUGGGGAAGGAAAGACUCGUCAGGCUGCUAGACACAAUGCUGCAACAAAGGCUCUCCAAGCUCUCCAGAAUGAACCCAUCCCAGAAAAAUUACCUCAGAAUGGAGAAUCAGGAAAAGAAAUAGAAGAAGAAAAAGAUGCAAACAAAUCUGAGAUCAGCUUAGUUUUUGAAAUUGGAUUGAAACGUAACAUGCCUGUCACUUUUGAGGUCAUUAAGGAAAGUGGACCUCCACAUAUGAAGAGUUUUGUUACUCGAGUAUCAGUAGGAGAGUUCUCUGCAGAAGGAGAAGGAAAUAGCAAAAAACUCUCCAAAAAACGUGCUGCAAGUUCUGUGUUACAGGAAUUAAGAAAGCUUCCACCUCUUCCUGUGAUUGAAAAGCCAAAAUUGUAUUUUAGAAAACGUCCUAAAACAAUAUUAAAGGCUGAUCCAGAAUAUGGUCAGGGGAUGAACCCUGUUAGCUGUCUGGCUCAGAUUCAACAGGCCAGAAAGGAAAAGGAACCAGACUAUGCCCUUCUUUCAGAUAGAGGAAAGUCUCGCCGGCGAGAGUUUUUGAUGCAGGUUAAGGUUGGCACUGCGGUUGCUACUGGAAUAGGCCUUAGUAAGAAGAUAGCUAAAAGGAAUGCAGCAGAAGCAAUGUUGUUACAUCUUGGAUAUAAAACCUCUACUCCUGUUCAGGAACAGCUUGAAAAGACAGUGGAAAACAAGGGAUGGAAUAGUCAAAAGAUUGGAUUUCCUGAAACAACAAAUAAUACUCCAAAGGGAAUUCUUCAUUUGUCUCCUGAUAUUUAUCAAGAGAUGGAAGCAAGCCGCAACAAAGUAGUUUCUGACUUUGCAGUAAACUAUUUGUCUUCCAACGAAAUGAGCCAGCCUUCAAGCUCUUUCUUCAGCCUAUCUCCACCAUCAAAUAGUACUACUACAUUAGCCAGGGAAUUCCUUAUGAAUGGGACAUCUCCAUCAGCUGAAGCCAUAGGUCUGAAAGGAACUUCUCCUACUUCCCCCUGCCCUAUAAUGCAGCCUUCAAGACAACUGGAAUAUUUAGCAAGGAUUCAAGGUUUUCAGGUAGUAUGGUCUUUGCACUUGGAAGGCUUGAACAAAAAUGGUUAAUUGAGAAAAAACCCAAGAGAAGUGAGAAGUUAAUAAAUGAGUAUCAUCAGUGAAUUCAAAUCCAUAGGUCCAGAAAGACCUCAUCAUAAGCUAUAGAAAUAAUUUUGUAGAUUAUGAUUAAUGAACUACUGUCUUGAAAAAUCAUGGGAUGUGCAAGAGAUCCCACUAAAUUGAAAAUGAGCCAAAGAUAUCUUGAUUUGCAAGGAAGGAGAAGGUGAAAUAUAUGAUGAUAAUCUUCUCUUGGACUUUCUAUAACAUAUUAACAAAAAUAAAGGUUUUUAUUGCUUAGAAUGUCUUUAGUUCAUUAAAAACUGGUUAUAUCAGAUUAGCCUCAUUUCCUUUUAUUACAAAAUUACUAAACUGAUAGAUCAGGGAAUUGUCAUGGAUAUGAUGUAUCUGGAUUUAAGUGAGACUAUUGACAAAAUCUCAAGUUAUCUAUAUAACAUAGAACUGCUUGGACCUUAAGCAAAAACUAAGGGGAAAAGGAUACAAAUUUUUAAGGUGCCUAUUUAGACUUGAUGUAAGGAAAAACUUUCAAACAACUAAAAAUGUUUAAAAGUAGAAUGAGUUAUCUAAGGAGGUAUUGGACUUCUUAGCAUUGGUGGUAUUCAAGUAGAGACUAUGAUUACUUUUCAGAGAUCUUAUAGAGAUUUCUGUUCCUUUAUAGAUUAGAUUAGAUAGCCUCUGAGGUUAAUUCACUUCAUCUAUUACUCUCCUAUUUAUAUAUAUAUGGCAUUCUGUUGAUGUCAGUAAUAUAAAGAAAAAUGAAACUAUACCUACUCUCCAGGAGCUCAUAUUCUACUAGGAGAUGCACAGUUACAUAUACACAAAUAUAUGACAAGAUACAAGAUAAUUUAUAGAAAGAGAAAGUACUAACAACCAAGGAUAUCAGGAAAAAUUUUGUGGAGUAAUGGCACAUGACCUGAGCCUUGAAAUGAGCUAAAGAGUAUAAGAGGUAGAAGUCAGGUGAGAAAGCAUUCUAGGCACAGGCUAUGCAAAGGCACAAUGGCAGGAGUGGAAUGCUACAUUUGGCCAGUAGGCCAUUUUGGUUACACUCUGGUGCAUAAGGGCAAAAAGGCUUGAGAGAUAAGCUAGAACUGCAUUGUAGACAGCUUUAAAUACCGAAUAGAGGAGUUUAUAUUUAUUCUAUGAACUCUUAAAGAUUCUCCAGUAGGAGAGCAACAUGAUCAGUCUUGUGCUUAAGGAAAAUUAUUUUGAACAAUAUGAGAUAUGGCUGGAAAGGGAUAUAGACUAGAAGCUGAGAAUCCUACUAGGAAACUAUUGUAGUGAUGCAGGAAAGAGAUAAAGAAGGCCUGGAUUAAAGUGAUAGCUGCAUGAAUGGAAAGAAAGGAAUGGAUAUGAGACAUAUUGUAAAGGCAGAGGCAACAAGAUUUGGUUGUUGCCACUGAUUAUGAAGAUGACGUAAAUUGUAAAUCUAUUCUAGAAGGAUAGAUCUACAAUACAGGACAUUUGGAAGAAAAUAGAUUUGGGGAGAAAGAUGUUUUUUGUCUGGAAUGUGUUACCUUUUGUAAACAAAGGGAUGUCUAAGUAAAUAUAUAAAAUAAGCAGUUGGAAGCAAAACUAGAAUUCAAGAAAGACAUGGGGACUGGAUAUGUGGAUUUCGGAAUUGUCUGUAUGGAGAUGAUAAUGGUACUCAUGGGAGUUAAUAAAAUCCCCAAGAGAGAUUAUAUAGAAAGAAGUGGACCAAGGACAGACUCCUUGGGUACUUGAUUAUUGAGAUUGUUCCAUGGAUGACAAUUUAGUGACUGAGAAAGAGCAAUCAGACAAAUGUGAAAAUAGACAAGAAAGAAUAGCAUUACCAAAACCAGGAAAGGGUAUUCAAGAGUAUAAUCAUCCAUACCAGAAGCUGCAGUUUGGUCAGGAAGAAUGAGAACAGUCAAAGAUCUCUUCCAAUCCUGAGGUCUUGAUUCUGAUACAGUAAAAGUAAAGCAAUAUCCACUGAGUCUUUUCUUGUAGCAACAUGCAGGCAAAAGUAGAGAUGUAAGAGUCCAUUGAAGGUUUUUUUUUUGUUUGUUUUGUUUUUUGGGGUUUGUUUGUUUUUUUUUUUGGUAUGGAUGUAAGCUUAGAAAACAGACAUAUAUGAAUCUCUUAGUAUCUGUUCCAUUGACUACUAUUUGUGAAUCAAAUAUCAUUUGCCCAUUUGAGAUACAAGGGCUACAAAGUUCAUAAUCUUGCAAGAGGCAUUCUUAUAGUGCUCUAACAAUUGUCCAAAUUCUGAUUUCCUCCAAAGAAUGCCUACCUACAUUUUGCAAUAUAUUGUAAUAUUGUAGCAUUAUCUAAUGGUGUAGGUAGACCUAGUAAAAAAAUAAUGUCCGGAAAUCUGGUAUGAUUUACACCGAUAGGUAUUUGAAACUUUUCUCUAUUCUUAUGGUUCUUGUCCAUGAUGAUUCAUUACCAUACUCCCUAAGUUGGUGCCUUUAUGUUUUAAAUGUACCUUUGUCUGUGAAUAACUCCUUUUAUAUUAUUUCAUUUUUUUGUACCAAUCAACUUUCUAGAGAAAUACAUU